AUGCGAAAUAUUAUAUAUUAUUCGAUAAUAUGUUUAGUUGAAAAAAUUAAAGAAUACGAUUUAUAUAUUUUCGAUGAAACAAAAAUAAUUGACUUAUUUAUAAACGAAUCUUUUGGCGAAGUUAAAGUUAAUGAUAAUAAAUUAACUUUCGUUGAUAUUAUUAAAGGUUUAUUUCCAAAACUGUUAGCUGAUUUCUUACGACAAGAAAUAAAAAUGACUAAAGCUCAUAUAUUCGAAACUGGAGUUAAAUUUUUAGAUUUCGUUUUUGACUCUACACAUAAAAUUUGGAUUGAUAGAUGUGAUUUACAAAAAGAUAAAGAAAGAAGUUUAGGUGUUACUAAAGAAGAUAAAAAACAUUAUAGUUAUGAUAAAAAUAUGAACCGUUGGAUUUUAUAG